AUGCAGACCGGUGCCUCUGCGCGGCUACGGCGCCGUCUCCCCGCUGGAGCCCUGUUUGCGUCGUCCGCCUGCUGCUCGUUGUCAGCCUGCCUGAGUCCGUCACGCCGCGUUCACGGAGGUGCGGGAAAGGGUGACUUGCUGUACAUGAACCCCGAGUCCCAGCGGCACGGCAACCGCGCUCUCGGCGUGGCGCGUGGGUUGCGGCACGCCAGUCAGGCCACCUCUCCUGAAAGCGGUCAGCUGCAUUACAGGAAAUUGAUGCUGCAUGCCCUCCCUGACAUUUCCAGAGCGGGAGCAGAGCAGCACUGCCACGCCGCCUGUACCUGGGCGUAUCUGCUCCCUUCUCUCCUUCGGUGCUCAGAGCUGGCAAUCACCGCUGUGCUUUGGGACAAAUUGUGUCAGAUGGAGGUGGAAGAGAGAGGUGGCCAGGGUGAGAAAGCAGUGCUCACACGACAUGAGCUUCACCGUGUACAAAGUGGACAGGAUUUAUUCAGGUAUGAGCUGCAUCAGCGACUGCCUUUGUUGGAGGAGUCAGUGGUGUCUGCUGAUCUGCAACAGCUGCUCGGCUUUUUCUAUGCGGCGCGGCGGGCGUGGAUACGACUUCCCACGACAAUGACGUCGUCCGAUGCAUGUCAUGUGGAAGACGUUUCUGCCAACAGUACGCAGCUGACACGGCGUGCCUGUUCCCUCCCGUGCGGUGUGUUUUCGCGCUGUACGGAUGGAGCCACUGCCACUGCCGCUGUCGCCCGCGACGUCACCCCGGGAAGGCAUCAAAUCUACGAUACAGAGCUGCGUGUGGCGCAGCUGACGGACGUUGUCGUCGCCCGCGCAUACGAUGAACUGGCGCACCUCAGCAGCAACAGUGAUGAGAGCAAGCCGAAGGGUGUGCGCCUGCUCGCAAAGGAAAAGAGGCUCCACCAAUCCUUUGUGGAAGAGCUUCGGUGGCACCACAUUCCCAUUCCACCAUCCUCUUGUGACGGCAUUCUCGGGAAUUGA